AUACCCCACCACUACCCCUCCUAUCCUAAUCCCCCCAAUCUCCUAUCCUCCAACCAUCUCUUCCUAUAAGUUAGAGUUUUUAUGCAAAACCAUGCUUCAUCUUUGAGUUCUAUUUACUUCUUCAAUGGCUUCAUCCUUCCUUCUUUUGAUUUCCAUUCUUACACUCAAUUAUUCUGCCAUUUCUCUUUUUGCUCUUAAAGUUGAUCUAGGUGGAGACACAGGUCUCAGUUUGUCUAAAGAAUGCAGCAAGAAGUGUGAAUCCUCCUUCUGCAAUGUGCCACCAUUGCUGAGAUAUGGAAAGUAUUGUGGGUUGUUAUACAGCGGAUGCCCUGGAGAGAAGCCUUGUGAUGAACUUGAUGCAUGUUGUAUGAAACAUGAUUCCUGCAUUUCAGCCAAUAAUAACAACUAUUUGAGCGAGGUUUGCAACAAGGGUUUGCUAGGGUGUGUGCAAAGGUUCAAGAAAGCAGGAAGCAAGACAUUUAAAGGCAACACAUGUGAUGUUAAUGAUGUCACAAACACCAUUAAUUCUGUUAUGAAUGCCGCACUUCUUGCAGGCAAAUAUAUUCGUAAACCUUAAUAUUGGCUGCAAAACCAACUGUCAUCAAGCAUAAAGAUGAUCUGAUGUGGUGUAAGGAUCGGUGUAAGUUGUGAAUGACGUGGACUGGACCCAACUUAACAAAGUUUGUUCUUCUGUGCAAAAUUUAAUUAAGCUAGUGCAUUUUGAUCCUGUUUCGUAGCUAGACAUAUUAUGAUAUUAUAUUGUGGUUGGUGUUGA